AUGGAGAAACGGCCUCUGCCCUCGCUCGGCGGCGGCGGCGGCGGCUGGUCCGGCCACCGCGACUAUAUGGUUGAUAAAAGGCGCAAGCUCGCCGAGCAGUGGUCCAACACACCUGCCGUGAGCAGCGUGCUGUCGGGUGCCGUCGUCCACGUCAACGGUCUCUCGGAGACGGCCAACGACCACCUCGUCUCGCUGGUGCGGUCGCUGGGCGGUGACUAUGAGCAGAACCCGGCCUCGACGCGGCUCACUCAUUUCGUCAUCAACCAGCUCUCAUUCGCGAGGCAAGACUGGCUCCUCGCCUGCUCGAGGGAGGGGUGCCGCCCUCGGGAGGCGAGCUACAUGCCCGCAGGGAUGCGAGACCCGCACCAGCCGUCGCUCGGCUUUGCCGCGCCGCCGCCGCCGGCGGACAGCUCUAGACGCGGCACCCGGGAGAGAUGGGCGGAGGAGGAGGCCGCCGCAGCGGCGGAAGCAGAGGCAGCGGCGGAGGCGGUGGCAGCGGUGGAGGCGGCCGAGGCGGCCGAGGCGGUGGCUGCGGCUGCGGCAGCGGAGGAGGAGCAGGGACUAGAUCCGCGUCCCGAGCGGGAGAGCGAGGGCGACCUUCUGUACGUGAGUCUGCGGUGCACUGGCGGCACCGCGGCGCUGCGGCGCGGGAUGGUGGCGGCGGCGCUGGCGGCCAUGCCAGCCGCGCUGGAGAUGCACGCCUACGCGGACGGGGAGGCGAUCUCGCUCGAGCCGGCUCGCAGGAGGCUGGUGGAGAGGGAGGGCCCCGCCCUGCGGCGCGCCCUCCGCUGCGCGCUCGGAGCCCGCCGCCAAGCCCGCCACGCAGAGGCGCGCUGCGGCAUCGGAGCCGCGCGCUCGGCGGCGCUCUCGCGGCAAGCAUCCCUCGCCGCCUUGCGCGGCGGCUACUCGCACGCCUCCGCCGCCGGCCCCUCCUCCGACCCGGCGGGCGGCGGGGCGGACGGCGGGGCGGGCGGCGGGGAAGGCGGCGCGGAGGGCAGCGGCGGCGGCGAAGCGCAGGGGCAGCCACCGCCCUCUCCGGACAAGUGGGCGUGCGAAAAGUGCACGCUGCACAACCCGAUGCAGCACCUGGCGUGCAGCGCUUGCGGAGAGAAGAGGCCGCAGCAGGCGCAUUCGCCCCCGCCGGCUGCGCGCACCGCUCUGCACGGCGGCGGGAGCCGCGUCGGCGGCGCCGUGAGUGGCGUCAGCGGCGGCGGCGGCAUCGACCGCGGGCCCCGCGCCACGUCUCCGGUGCCGGCUGCAUGGGCAGAGGAGUACAGCGCGGCGUUUUGCGGCGAGGAGGCCGGGACGGCAGGCAGGCCGGGUUCGGUCGGGGGCGUUGCCGCCGAGAGCGAGGAUGAGGCGCUGCGGCAGAUGGCGCGCGCGGGCUGGCAGGCGGCGCGGCCCCUCAUCUCGAGCUGGCUCGACACGGUGUGCGAGGAGGGCGCAGAGGCGGAGGGCGCGGAGGAGGGCGAGGCGAGCGGCGCGUCGCCGCUCGCGCGCUACUUCGCCGCCCUCGUGUCGGAGCGGCGGCUCGAUCAGCUCGGGCUGGCGAUCUCCUUCCUUGCGCGGCGAGUCGAGGCGAUGCCGAGCGGGGGGCAGGGGGCAGCCACCCUCGGCAAGCUCGUGCUUCCGCUCGCAGACUUGGUCGACUCGCUCGUUUCAGGGGUGUACGGUGCCGGCAGCACCUUUGGCCCGUGCGACGCGCUGAGACGUGCGGCGGCGUUGGAGGGCACGGAGAAGCUUUGGCACGUGACCGCGGAUGAGAGGUCUUCCAGCUUCUCGAUCGUGCACUCGUCCUCGCCGCCCGUGGCGGCGAGGGAGGAAGCGUCGCACGAGCAGCAGGGUCACGUAGGAGCCAAGGCCCUCGCCACCGCCUGCUCCGCCGCCACCGGCGUAGCCCUCAAGCUCGCGCAGCUCGCGACCCACCGCACGACGCAGCAGGCAGUGCAGCCCGGCGAGGAGCGCGCCGCCCGGCGCGAGGACCGCCGCGCGCGUGGCGUCGACCCGACGCUUGGCCUCGCACUCUGCGACAUCCGCUGCCGCCUCGUCCAUCCACACGUCGACUGCGACGCCCGUCGCCCUGUGCACCAUGCGUAG